AUGGCAAACACUAGCGCUUACGAUGCCGCCCAACCAUCAACCAGCUCUCCGAGGGUAGCUUGUCCGAUUUGCGACAAAUGGUUCUCGAUCGAUCAGAUCGAGGAACACGCGGAAGAAUGCCUUUCGCGUAGCAGUUCACGUUCGGACAGCCCAAUUCUCGUAUCGGAAGCUGUCAGCACAUCACGUCCUCUCUCUUCCAAUCAAAACAAGGAUCAAAAGCGGCACUUUAGUAUUUUCGAUCCCAGUCCGGCCCCCAAGCGAUCACGUAUAGAAGGUUCCCAAAUUGUAACGUCCAGUCCAACGGCUCAACCACGACCAGAAAUAAUCAGCAACCUGGAUACAGAUGAGGAGGAAAAGGUUGAAAAGGAAUCGAAACAGGUGGCCAAAACUUCGUCCCAGCCAAAACGCCACGAGGCAACAAUACCGACGCAUGUGGUGGACUCAACCGUGCCACUUGCAGAACGAGUCCGUCCAUCUGAGAUCGAGGAUUUCGUCGGGCAAGAGCAGAUUAUCGGACGGAACACGAUUCUCCGCACGCUGUUCGAGACGGGCACCAUACCGAGCAUGAUCUUGUGGGGUCCACCCGGCUGCGGUAAAACAACGUUGGCGAACAUAAUCGCCAAACGUUGCAAACAAAACGAGGGAACCUUUCGCUUCGUGAAGCUCUCCGCCACGAUGGCUGGGGUGUCAGAGGUAAAGGAAGCAGUCAAAGUAGCAAAGAACGAGGCAAAAUUCAAGCGUCGAACGAUCCUCUUUAUGGACGAGAUACACCGCUUCAAUAAACUGCAACAGGACAUAUUUUUGCCGCACGUUGAAGCCGGCACGAUCACGUUGAUCGGUGCCACAACGGAAAAUCCCUCCUUCAGUCUCAACUCUGCUCUGCUAAGUCGGUGCCGGGUAAUCGUGCUGGAGAAACACUCCGUCGAGGGCAUGAUGCGGAUCUUGGAGCGGGCACUGCCAGAGUAUUCUACCGUGAAGGUCACAGACAACAACAAUACGAACGAUUUGCCAGACUUUAGCAAAUUGUCGUUUAUUCCUCGGCUGAUAAUACAGGAUGACACCAUGCGCUGGCUCGCCGAAACCUGUGACGGAGAUGCACGGAUCGGACUGAACAGUUUGCAACUAGCGCUUCGAGCAUCCGCCGCCCUGCUCGCAGAGGACGCAUUGGUACCAAAGGUGAUAUCGCUGGAGGACGUACGGGAGGGCAUAAAGAAAUCCCAUCUUCUUUACGAUCGGAAGGGAGAUCAACAUUAUGACAUCAUCUCUGCGCUGCAUAAAUCCAUUCGGGCCUCAGACGAUAACGCUGCCUUAUAUUGGGCCACACGAAUGAUGGCGUCCGGCGAGGAUCCCCGGUACAUCUGUCGCAGGAUGAUACGCAUGGCGAGCGAGGAUAUCGGUAUCGCGGACACAAACGCCCUACAGGUGGCCACCGCAACACUCGCGGCCGUGCAGUCAGUCGGAAUGCCAGAGGCAGACUGUAUAAUUGCACACUGUGCCGUCUAUCUGGCUCGGGCACCCAAGAGCCGUGAGGUGUACGAUGCAUACAAGCGGUGCCGCGCUUCCAUUGACCAGUGGAAAGGACCGAUGCCAGGAGUGCCAUUGCAUCUACGCAACGCACCCACAAAACUCAUGCAGGAUCUGAACUAUGGCACCGGAUAUAAUUUGCUACACAAGGACGAGUCCGGGCUUACUUACAUGCCGGAGGGGAUGGAAGAUGAGCGAUAUUUCUCUGAAUAAGUGACGUACGAGUAAAUCGCAAUAUUGUUUCUUUAUUUUGCUUUCGAUUGUUAAGUAUUGCUUCUUUCAUGCUUUUUGGGGCCAAGCCUACGCACAUACCGUGCCAUCUUGCUAUUGCAAAAAUAAUC